AUGCCGAGGUACAACUGGAACCAUGUUUUGAUGAUGUAUUGCGGUGAUGGUGCCAGUUUCAGUGGCAACAACGCCACAGUCACCGUUCACAAUGGCACCAAGCUGCACUUUCGAGGGCAGCGCAUUCGGGAGGCCUUUGCGCAGGACCUGCUUUCAAACCAGGGACUCGCAAACGCAAGCGACGUGAUCGUGUCUGGUUGCAGCGCUGGCGGUCUUGCAACAUACCUCCAUGUGGAUCAAUGGUGUGCUUGGCUCCAUGCGGCUCGUCCUUCUGCAAAAUGUGCUGGCCUUCCCGACAGCGGAUUCUUCAUUGACUAUCAGGACCCAGAGGUGACGUGCUCUCCAGAUAGCUCAGCCUCUGGACUGCUCACGGAGACCAUCAAUGGAAACUAUCACUGCGGAUUGCGGUGGACUUUUUAUGCGCAGAACGCCACUUCUGGCAUGAACUGGCGCUGCCUGGAAAAGAACAGGAAUCAGGAGUGGAGAUGCAUGUUUGCCGAGCAUGUGGCUCCGUUCAUUACAACACCAACGUUUGCUUUGCAAUCUAUGUAUGAUUCCUGGCAAACGUCUCAUGUCCAAGGGACGGGUGGUGCUAGCAAGACGCAAGUUCUCGGCAAGAACAUCACCACUCGUCUGAUGGGCAACCUGCUGUACAAAAACCCGAUGUCCGGUGCUUUCCUGGAGCCUUGGCUGUUAAGCGCAAGUUUCACUCAGGGGUGGACUUUAGUUCGCCCCUGA